CCAGCAGGAACUGGCCGGCGCGUCCAUUCCGUUUCGAUCGAACAAAGCCCCGAAAAAUAAAGCGAAAAUAGGAAGGGACAGGCCCGGCCUCCUCCUUCCCGAUUCGGCAACCCUAGCUGCCUCCCGAGAUCCCGUCAGCCAUGGACGGGCUCCUGUCCAAGCUCCGCAGCCUGGACGCGUAUCCCAAGGUGAACGAGGACUUCUACAGCCGCACCCUCUCCGGUGGCAUCAUCACGAUCGCAUCCUCCGUCGUCAUGCUCCUCCUCUUCGUCUCGGAGCUCCGAUUAUAUCUUCAUGCGGUUACGGAGACAACACUAAGGGUUGAUACCUCAAGGGGAGAAAAACUUCGCAUAAAUACACUUGUUGACAUCUACCUUUGUCUGAUGCCAAAAAUGCAGUUUGAUGUCGCCUUUCCAGCCCUUCAGUGUUCUAUAAUAAGCCUUGACGCAAUGGACAUCAGUGGACAAGAGCACCUCGAUGUGAAACAUGAUAUAUUCAAGCAGCGAAUUGAUGCCCAUGGCAAUGUUAUUGCGACGAGGCAAGAUGCAGUUGGUGGUAUGAAGAUGGAAAAGCCCUUACAACAUCAUGGUGGAAGGCUUGAACACAAUGAGACCUAUUGUGGAUCUUGCUAUGGUGCACAAGAAUCUGAUGACCAAUGUUGUAACUCGUGCGAAGAUGUUCGUGAAGCAUACAGGAAAAAGGGUUGGGGUGUAUCAAAUCCAGAUUCGAUUGACCAGUGCAAAAGGGAGGGCUUCCUUCAAAGUAUAAAGGAUGAAGAAGGUGAAGGAUGCAAUAUUUAUGGCUUCAUUGAAGUUAACAAGGUUGCUGGGAAUUUCCACUUUGCUCCAGGAAAAAGCUUCCAGCAGUCAAAUGUGCAUGUCCAUGACUUGCUUCCAUUCCAGAAGGACAGCUUCAAUGUCAGCCAUAAGAUAAACAAAUUAAGUUUUGGAGAAUACUUUCCUGGAGUUGUUAACCCCCUUGACAGGGCAUAUUGGGUGCAGCAUUCGUCUUAUGGAAUGUAUCAAUACUUCAUCAAGGUUGUUCCCACUGUCUACACUGACAUAAAUGGACACAUUAUUCUCUCAAAUCAGUUCUCUGUGACGGAACAUUUUAGAAGUAGUGAGAGUGGUCGGAUACAAGCUCUUCCUGGCGUGUUUUUCUUUUACGACCUUUCGCCAAUUAAGGUCACAUUCACGGAGCAACAUGUGUCAUUUUUACACUUCUUAACUAAUGUUUGCGCUAUUGUUGGAGGUGUGUUCACUGUUUCUGGAAUCAUAGAUUCAUUUGUAUACCAUGGCCAGAGAGCAAUCAAGAAGAAGAUGGAAAUAGGGAAAUUCAACUGAGUCUUGAAUAUUGCCUUCCAAUUGCUGCCAUUAAUCCCAUUUCCAGGGCUUCCUUUGGAAGAACUCUAGUUACAGUAGAGAGCAAGUCUGCUCCAAGUUUCAGAAAAGGGUGAACCAACGUUUUUUUUUUUUCCUCACGGCUUUUGCUCUUGCUGUGCUUGCCUCGCCUGCUUGCUUCUAGCAAAGAUACCAGCAAGCAAAACGGUCAUCAUGUACACUUAGAUGCUAUUUCACUCAGGAAAUGGAACAUUUCUGAGGUUCUCAAAUUUUGUAUGCUCUAGUCUAACAGGAAAACAUUUUAUUUUCGUUGUAAAUCUGUGUAAGGGGGCUCAAGCCUGUCUGUAGAUUUUGUUUUGUGCAAUUGUGUUGUUUGUAACAGGUUUUUUCCUCAGACAUUUGUAGCUUUUACAGAUCAGGUUCAAAAUGUAAAGACCAUUUUUCAAGGAAAGAGUUUCUAUUCUUUAA